CAGACUUGACGCAUGACAGUUUUAUUAUGCCAUUAUUAGAUUUUAGAAAGAUUUUAACGGUUCACACUAAAUUUAUUGAUAGAUACAUUUUUACAAUUUUUUAAUUUUUUAAAUAUGCAAAUAAAAAGUGUAAAACCGAGCACUAACUCAUACACCAAUGCUAUAAGGCGGCCAGAAAAAUAUUCAAAUAUGGGUAAUAGGACUUUCAAGAUACGAGGCUCAAGUUUUGUAAACAGAGAUCUUUUAUCUAAAAGACAAUAUAUUAAAAUACUUGCGCAACCAAGACCAUCAAGGAGAAUUUCUUAUUUAUCGAAUAUUCUCAAAUCGUAUAAAAGACGUACCUUACCAAAAAUAACACCAAGAUUACUUUCAUUAGCUCUUCCACCAAAGUGGAAGAUUCUUAACAACUGGCAAUAUUACCAAACAAUACUUCCAUCGUAUAGAUUUGAAAGAAUGGUUGAAUUUUUGUUAAAAAAUGAUAUACGUUUUAAGGUGCCUGACAACUGUUUAUGUAAAAAGCGUCCUCGUAUUAAAAAAUCCAUUGAAAUGGAAUUUAUCCGCACUGUAAUCAAAUGCACAAUGUUUGUUAGUUGUAUUUUGUGUUCAAUUAAUAAAAUAGAUUUACAAGUCUUUAGCGAAUCAGAAUCAAAAAGCGGUAUGUCACCUCAGAGAGUGAGUACACCCACAAGUGUGAGUACAACCAAAACAGAUAGGUUUACUUCUUCAAGUAAUAAUUCAGUCAAAGAAAAUAAUAAUGAUGCAAAGAAAAUGCAGGAAGAGCUUGUAUCGAAAGAAAAAUUUGAAGAUAAAUCAGAUCUAGGAAAAACAAGAUGGCCUUCUAAACAAAAGCCCAGUAAAACUCCAAAAGAAAGUACAAUUUCAAACAUAUCCAAACGAGUUAUUGAUGAUGAUGAACGACAAAUUGUAGAAACUUAUGCUCAAACAACAAUCAUUGAAAAUGUUUCAAAGUUUACAUCAACAACGAAAACAGAUACAUGUCAUAUUUUGGAUUGUGAACGAAAUGAUAGAUUAUUGACAGAAAUUCGAAAAUUUUAUAAGAAACGAGCUGAUCUUCAUAAUGAGCAUGUAUUUGAUGAUGUGUUACUACCAAGGAUAACUUUAAAUGAAAUUAUGAAAUAUGCUGAGCUAGUAUUGGCGAAUCAGAUCAUGGCUGUAACGCCAACAAGACAUUUACAGAACGCUUUUCAAAUGAAAAUUAUAGAAUGGGUACAAGAAAUCCUUUCAAUUGAUGCAUGGGAUGAUUGUAUGAAAUGUGAUAUAAAAUUGUUAUCUUAUGAAUUGGCAAGAUACAUCACUGAAGAAAAAAAACCUCCUAAAGUGCAAAGGGUGGAAAAUGAUAAAAAAGAAAUGAAAGAAUCGAAAUUUAUAACUGAUCAAAGAGGAUAUGGUUGGGACCAACCAGGAGGAUAUAUCAACACACUCAAGAUAAGGACCUCAAAAAUAAGAGGUAUCGAUUUGAACGUACAACACUUUUUAGAUAUCACGCCUCAUAAACCUGGUACAGUGUGUUGUGCAUCUUUGAAAGUUUGGUCGGCUUGGAUAAAAGAUGUUGCAGAAAAUGCAAAAUUAUGGUGUAUUUGGAUAAAUCAAAUAAUCGCUAAUAUGUCCUAUUUGUCAGCUAUAAUGCGAGGGGAAGUUUAUGAUAAAGAUGGUAAUCAAUUAAUAUUGAUGAAGUGUGAUUGGAAACAGUUUAUAUCUAAUUUAGACGAUGAUGUAGAUGCAUGGCGUCAAUAUAAUAAUCAUAUACAAAGUUUAACGGAUCAAUUAACUACUGCAUUUCAUGGUAAACGGAUAACAUGUUGCAAGUGUUGUAAAGAUGAAAAUCUUCAUAUUUCUGACAAUAGUAUUAAACAUUUGUAUCGACGAUUAUUUGAUGCUAUGGAAACGACCAGAAACUGGAGACAUUGGUUACAAGAAAUGGUUAACGAAGCAAAGCAAUUAACAUGCAUUUCUAAAGAAAGAUGUUUAUGUCACAUUCCAGUCAUUGAAAUUUUCCCGGUUCGAACAAGCAAAAAUAAAGAACCGAAUAUUUGUAAUCAUAUAGAUGGUUGUCCUUUGGUACCAUAUAAGGAGAUAUUUGUUGAAAAAGAUCCAUCCAUUUAUUCAAUUGAGCAUUGGAUCACUUCUGACUUUUAUUGA